AUGGCUGCUCGGGUCGGUUUCAGCGGGCCCGGCACCGCCCGGCCCGGUUUUAGCGGCGGGGACCGGGGAGGGGCCGGUGGCGCGGGGCCAACCAAUCCCGGCCCGGCUCCGGCCCCGAACCGGAACCGGAACCGGGACCGGGACCGGGACCGAACCGGGAUGGAACUGGGACGGAACCGGGAUGGAACCGGGACUGAGCCAGCACCGGACCGAGAUGGAACCGGGACUGUACUGGGACGGAACCGGGACCGCACCGCGACUGUGGGACUGAACCGGGACUGCAGCGGAACCGGACCGGGACCUCACGGAGACUGCGGUACCGCACCGGGACUGCACUGGAACUGCGGGACUGGACCGGGACCGCAGCGGAACCGGACCGGGACUGCACUGGGACUGCGGGUAUCGGACCUGGCACCGUGCCGCGACCGCAUUAAAACCGCACCGGAACCGCACCGGGACCGCAGCGGGACCGCAGCGGAACCGGACCGGGACCGCAGCGGAACCGGACCGGGACCGCACCGGGACUGCAGCGGAACCGGACCGGGACCGCAGCGGGACCGCAGCGGAACCGGACCGGAACCGCACCGGGACCGCAGCGGAACCGGACCGGGACCGCAGCGGAACCGGACCGGGACCGCACCGGGACUGCAGCGGAACCGGACCGGGACCGCAGCGGAACCGGACCGGGACCGCACCGGGACUGCAGCGGAACCGGACCGGGACCGCAGCGGAACCGGACCGGGACCGCAGCGGGACCGCACCGGGACCGCAGCGGAACCGCACCGGGACCGCAGCGGAACCGGACCGGGACCGCACCAAGAGCGAGGAUUGGAACUGGGCCGGCAGAGAACCGGGACCGCACCGCGGCCGAACCGGAACCGGGAAUGGCACCGGGAACCGGAACCGGGAACCGGAACCGGGAACCGGGAAUGGCACCGGGAACCGGAACCGGGAACCGGGAAUGGAACCGGGAAUGGAACCGGGAACCGGAACCGGGAAUGGAACCGAUACCGGGACCCCCAUAUCGGGACCCCCCACAACUGUCGCAGUGCGGGGACCCCAAAGUGUAAAUCCGGGGUCUCCAGGUGUGAAUUUGGGGUCUCCAGGUGUGAAUUUGGGGUUUCCAGGUGUAAAUUUGGGGUUUCCAGGUGUAAAUUUGGGGUCUCCAGGAGUGAAUUUGGGGUUUCCAGUUCCCCCACAAUUCCCAGGAUUUUUCCCACAAUUCCCUGGAUUUUCCCCCACAAUUCCCAGGAUUUUUCCCACAAUUCCCCGCUCUCCUUCCCAGCCUGCUCAUUCCCGGACCGGCUCCUCCCUUUCCUGAUCCCGAAAUUCGAGAGCGGCUCCGAUCGGAUCCGGGCGGGGGCGCUGCUGGUCCUGAGGCACCUCCUCAACAGCGCCCCUUCCCAGAUGGAAAUGAAGAAAUCUUUGAUCAUCUCCUCCCUGAGGCUCCCUCUGCAGGACAGCAGCAACAAAGUGAAGCGAGCCCUGGUUCAGCUCAUCUCAGCCCUGGCCCAUCACGGUCACCUGGAGCAGCCGGGGGCCGAAGCUCUCCUGGAAUUCCUGCUCCGCCAAUGCUCCCUGCCCCAGCACCACACCUCCGGAAUUCCAGAGGAAAAUUCCGAGGAUCCCACGGACGAGAGCGUGCGGAGCAUCAGCGUCAGCACCCUGCUCCUGCUGAGCACCACGGUGCACAGGAUGGGCCCUGUUCUGUGGCCGUUCCUGCUGGAAUUCCUGAUCCCGGCCCAGUUCAGCCCGGCCUUGACCCCGCUCUGCCAGAGCCUGACGUUCCUGGCCGGAAAAAUCCAGGAAGAGCGGCCGGAAAACGGCUCCGAGCGCCGCGGAAAUUUUCCUUCUCCUCAAGCCUUGACCGCCAGGCUCUUGGUGGUUUCCUCGCAGCCUUUCCUGGGGAACUCUCGGGGCGUGGCCGCCCUGCGCCUGCUCCGGGUGCUCCCGAUCCAUUCCCACCUGGAAAACCUCUGGAAUAAAGAAAUCCCGCUGCUCCUGGAAUAUCUGGAAGAGAACACUGAGAACUCCCUGUGCCAGGAGGAAUGGGAGGAGAAGCUGCUCCAGUUUCUCCGGGAAUCCCUGAAAUCCAUCCCGGAUAAAUCCUGGAUUUGCAUUUUGGUGUCUGAGAUAUUCCGGCAGCUCCGCGCUUCCGACGGAUCCCAGGCGGAAAAGAAUUUCCUUUACAGAUCCAUGGGAACGGCGCUGGGGUUGUGUCCCAGUAAGGAACUGGUCCGGAAGCAACUCCAGGAAAUCCUGGAAAACGCGCGGUACCAGGAAGAGGCGGAACGGGAGGGUCUCGCUUCCUGCUUUGGGAUUUGCGCCCGGAAUCAUCUGGAAGAGACUUUGGAAAAGUUGGAGGAAUUCGUGAAAUCCGACGUCUUCAAGAAAUCCUUGGGAUUGUUCAGCAUCUUCAAGGAACGGAGCGAGGUGGAGCUGGAAAAACUCCGGAGCGGCCUCGUGCUCUGCUACGGCCGCGUGGCCGAGGCGGCGCCUCCGGAAUUGCUGCAUUCCCACCUGGAAUCCCAAAUCCUGAAAAACCUCCUGCAGCACGGCCACACCAAGGUUCUGGGAAUAAAAAUAGAAACCAAGGACACGGCGCUGAAGCUGAGCCUGGCUCGCAGCAUCUCCAUGAUCGGCCGGGCCCUGGCCCGCGGGAAUUCCGGGAAUUCUCCUGAGAAUGACACCGGGAAUUCUGGGAAUUAUCCCGGGAAUUUUCCCGGGAACGGCACCGGGGGCUCCGUCAGCAUCGCCCGCAAGGCCGAGCUCGUGGCGCUCAUGGUGGAAUUCCUCAAGGCAGAGCCUCCGGACGCGCUCCGGACGCGACUCCGGCAGCGAGCGCUGAGCGCCUGCAGCCACCUCCUCGCCCUGGAGCCUCCCCUGAGUGAUUCCGAGCGCUCGGAGCUGCUGGACACGGCCCUGGGCAGCGUCCUGGGAAUUCCCCCUCUGGAAUCCGGGAAAAACCGGGAAGAGCUCGGAGCCCAGGAUCUGUUCCGGGAUGCGCUGGGAGCUCUCCGGGAGCUGCUCCGGGGACUCGUCCGGAGGCGCCUGAACCCCCACGGACUGCGGGAGAUCUUUGCUCAUUUAGGCCCCUGGAUCAAAUCCCCACGGGAGCGGGAACGGGAGCGCGCCCUCGGCAUCAGCAGUUCCCUGCUGGAAUUUUUCCUGGAAAAUCUCCACGUCAGUUCCGUCACUCCCUUCUACAACCUGAGCUCGCUCCUGGCCCUGCUGGCGCCGCGCUGCUCCGACGGAAUUCCCAAAAUCCGCGCGGAUUCCGUGGAUUGCGUCCGAUCCCUGCUCCGCAUCCAGCUCUGCUACGAAGGUUUUUCCCGGGAUCACAAGGACGAGCUCCUGGAAGGGCUGGAAUUGCUCAAGGAGGGGUUGGAAAAUCCCGAUUUUUCCGUCCUGUUCCACACCUGCACCCGCAUGGGCUCGGUGAUUGGGAGGAGAAUUCCCCCGGAUCAGCUCCUGCAGCUCCUCCUGGAGCUGUUCCAGGCCUGGGAUGAUCCUGACGGGAAUUGUUCCCGCGCCGCUUCCGUGCUCUGCAAUUCCCUGCUCCGGGAACGCGGAGCCAUCCUGCAGGAAAAGGUUCCCGAGCUCCUGGCCGUGAUCCAUUCCAAGCUGGAAUUCCUGGAGGAGGAGCAGCUCCGGAGGGCGGCUCAGCAAUCCGUGCUCAUCCUGGCGCUCCAGCAUUCCAAAAUCGUGGUUUCCACUCUUUUGGGAAGUUCCCUGCCCUUCGACAGCCACACCUGUGCCAUGUGGAGGGCGCUGGGGACGGAACCUUCCCUGACUUCCCAAAUUCUGGAACAACUCCUGGAAAAACUGAGCCGGGAAAUUCCCUACAAGGAGAGCAAAUCUUUCCUGCUGGGAAGCGGCUCCGAGCGCGUGGCCACUCCCCUGCCCCUGGCCGCCACGUGCGCCCUGGAUGAGCUCAUGUCUGUGCCGGAGGCGGCGGCCGCGGUCCUGGAGCGAUUCCCGAUGAUUUUCCAGAGGCUCCUGUUGCGCCUGGGCUGCUCCGUGGGCGUCCAGCUCCCGAAAUUCCUGCAGAAUUCCUGCAGGGAAAAACGGGGCCAAGGAUCGGCCGCGAGGAGCCUGAGGCCUUGCAGCUGUGCCGUGGAGACGCUGCAGGUGAUGCUGGUGCGGGCCGGGAACGACGAUGUCGUGCGGGAUGUGGGAAAUUCCGGAGGCUGGGAGUUGAUGGAAAUUCCUGAGCGGCACCACGAUGGAAUCGCUCUCCUGGCCGGGGCGAUGGCUCGGCUCUGCGGGCCCCGGCUGCCGCCGAUCGUCCGCAGCCUCAUCCCGGUUUUGGGAAACGUCUUCGAGUGCCAGAGAAUCACCAGCACGGCAUUCCUGGCUGAGCUCCUCAACCACAACGUGGUGAACGACCUGAUCCUGCUGGAGCCGCUCCUGGAUGCGCUGACGGCUCUGGAAAAGGAUUCCUGCCUCCUGGUGCGGGUCUUGGCGCUCCGGGGGCUCGGGAAUGUGGCCUCGGGAUCCCCGGAAAAGAUCCGGAGGCACGGCUCGCAGCUCCUGGCCUCCAUGGUCGCCGGGAUGGACGACAAGGACGAUCCCAAAAAUCUCCUGGCUCUGGAGGCCAUGUCCAGCCUCUCCAAAAUCCUGGAUCACCUGGAAGAGCGGGAUGUGCAAUCCAUGCUCCUCCACGUCGCCAUCCGCAUCCGGCCCUUCUUCGACAGCGAGCACCCCGACCUCCGGCGCUCCUCCAUCGUCCUUUUCGGGAAUCUUUCCCGUUUCGGCCGCUCCGACUCCGAGGUUUUCUCGGAGCAGAUCCUGAACGGGCUCGUGACGCUCCUGCUGCACCUGCAGGACCCGCAGCCGGACGUGGUCAAGGCGUGCAAGUUCGCCCUGCGGAUGUGCGGGCCCAGCCUGGGCUGCGAGGAGCUCCGGGAAAUGUUCGGGAAUCACCUGCGGGAAGAGCGGGGGCUGCACUACGGGGAAUUCCUCAACGACGUCUGCAAAUUCCUGAUGCGCAGCCAUCCCUCCCUGCUGAGCCGCCUCCUCUCCACCAACCUCUUCUACUUCAAGAGCCCCUGGAGGGAGCUGAGGGCGGCAGCGGCCAUGUUCAUCGGAUUCCUGGUGCUCCACAUGGACGAGGAGCAAGGAGAGCAGGUGGACCUGGACGAGCUCAUCUCUGCCCUGAAGCUGCUCCUGAAGGAUCCCGUUCCGGCCGUGCGGAUCAAGGUGGCCGAGACCCUGGGACGCCUCGUCCGCCUCCUCUGAAUCCCAGAAUUCCCGGAAUUCCUGGGAAUUCCCAGCUCCGAGACCCUGGGACGCCUCGUCCGCCUCCUCUGAAUCCCAGAAUUCCCGGAAUUCCUGGGAAUUCCCAGCUCCAAGUCCCUGGGACACCUCCUCUGAAUCCCAGAAUUCCCGGAAUUCCUGGGAAUUCCCGGCUUCGCUCAGCAAUACCCCAGGGGAUCCCAAUCCAUGGGAAAAGUCUUCCUGCACUUUCUUCCUUGGGAACACUGGUGACUUCCUGAACACAGGGGCAAAAAAAGUGGGAAAGCGGCCGGAAUUUGGGAUGGGAUCCGACUGUGACAUCCUGGGAUCCGGCCGGAGCCGAUCCCGCACUUCCGGCUGCUUCCCGAUGGAUCCGGGAUCCAUUCCCAAAAUUCCCAGCCUGUACAGAGACCCAUUUUUAAAUAAAGCUUUUGGCUCCUGA